AGGAGGCCGCCCCGGUGGGAGCGAGGCCUGAGGCGCGGUGCGCAGACUCCCGGCUGGGUCCCGGCAGCACCGCGUGUGGAUGUUGCUGGACCGGGCGGGCCGCGGGGCCCGGAGACCGGCAGCCGUCUGCAUGGAGAGGAGCGGCUGCAGCCCCUUCCCGGUGUGCUGGGCCGAAGAAUAUGACAGGUACCUAGCAUCUAGCAGGAUAAUGGCAGCGGCUUACCUGGACCCAAACUUGAAUCACACACCAAAUUCCAGCACCAAAACGCACCUGGGGACCGGUGCGGAGCGUUCCCCGGGAGCCAUGGAGCGAGUGCUGAAAGUCUUUCACUAUUUUGAGAGCAACAGUGAGCCGACUACGUGGGCCAGCAUCAUCAGGCACGGAGACGCCACCGACGUCAGGGGCAUCAUUCAGAAGAUAGUGGACAGUCACAAGGUAAAGCACGUGGCCUGCUAUGGAUUCCGGCUCAGCCACCUGCGGUCAGAGGAGGUCCACUGGCUGCACUUGGACAUGGGCGUCUCCAGCGUGCGGGAGAAGUAUGAGCUCGCGCACCCACCGGAGGAGUGGAAGUACGAAUUGAGAAUUCGUUAUUUGCCGAAAGGAUUUCUCAACCAGUUUACUGAAGACAAGCCAACCUUGAACUUCUUCUAUCAGCAGGUGAAGAGCGAUUAUAUGUCCGAAAUAGCUGACCAAGUAGACCAGGACAUUGCUUUGAAGUUGGGUUGUCUGGAAAUACGGCGGUCGUACUGGGAGAUGCGGGGCAACGCUCUAGAAAAGAAGUCGAACUAUGAAGUACUGGAGAAAGAUGUCGGCUUGAAGCGGUUCUUCCCUAGGAGCUUACUGGACUCCGUCAAGGCCAAGACACUACGGAAACUGAUCCAACAGACGUUUAGACAGUUCGCCAACCUUAACAGAGAAGAAAGCAUUCUGAAGUUCUUUGAGAUCCUCUCCCCAGUGUACAGAUUUGAUAAGGAGUGCUUCAAGUGCGCUCUUGGUUCAAGCUGGGUGAUUUCGGUGGAGCUGGCGAUCGGCCCCGAGGAAGGCAUCAGCUACCUCACGGACAAGGGCUGCAGCCCCACGCAUCUGGCCGACUUCAACCAAGUGCAGACCAUCCAGUACUCGAACAGUGAAGACAAGGACAGGAAAGGCGUGCUGCAGCUGAGGGUAGCGGGCGCGCCUGAGCCUCUGACAGUGACAGCCCCGUCCCUGACCAUCGCCGAGAACAUGGCCGACCUGAUCGACGGCUACUGCCGGCUGGUGAACGGAGCCUCGCAGUCCUUCAUCAUCCGGCCCCAGAAAGAAGGCGAACGGGCUUUGCCAUCCAUACCGAAGCUGGCCAACAGCGAGAAGCAGGGCGUGCGGACACACGCGGUCUCCGUGUCAGGAGUUGGUCACUGCCAGCAUAAGGUUAAGAAAGCUAGACGCUUUCUCCCUUUGGUCUUCUGUUCCCAAGAACCUGCUACGGAUGAAAUUAGUGGGGACGAGACGGACGACUACGCGGAGAUCGUGGACGAGGACGAGGCGUACACCAUGCCCUCCAAAAGCUAUGGAAUAGACGAAGCCAGGGACUACGAGAUCCAGAGGGAGCGCAUCGAGCUCGGGCGCUGUAUCGGGGAAGGCCAGUUUGGAGACGUGCACCAAGGCGUGUACGUGGGCCCGGAGAACCCGGCUUUGGCGGUUGCCAUUAAAACAUGUAAAAACUGCACUUCGGACAGCGUGAGAGAGAAGUUCCUUCAAGAAGCCUUGACGAUGCGGCAGUUCGACCACCCUCACAUUGUGAAGCUGAUCGGCGUCAUCACGGAGAACCCCGUCUGGAUCAUCAUGGAGCUGUGCACGCUCGGAGAGCUGAGGUCUUUUCUGCAAGUCCGGAAGUACAGCUUGGAUCUAGCGUCUUUGAUCCUGUACGCCUACCAGCUUAGCACAGCUCUCGCGUACCUGGAGAGCAAGAGAUUUGUGCACAGAGACAUCGCUGCUCGGAAUGUCCUGGUGUCCUCCAAUGACUGCGUGAAGUUGGGCGACUUUGGGUUGUCCCGAUACAUGGAAGACAGCACUUACUACAAAGCUUCCAAAGGAAAACUGCCUAUUAAAUGGAUGGCUCCAGAGUCAAUCAAUUUUCGACGUUUUACCUCAGCUAGUGACGUGUGGAUGUUUGGUGUAUGUAUGUGGGAGAUACUGAUGCAUGGUGUGAAGCCUUUUCAAGGAGUGAAGAACAAUGAUGUGAUCGGGCGGAUUGAGAAUGGGGAAAGAUUGCCAAUGCCUCCAAAUUGCCCUCCCACCCUCUACAGCCUUAUGACGAAAUGCUGGGCCUAUGACCCCAGCAGGCGGCCCCGGUUCACUGAGCUCAAAGCUCAGCUCAGCACGGUCCUGGAGGAGGAGAAGCUGCAGCACGAGGAGCGCCUGCGGAUGGAGUCCAGACGGCAGGUCGCGGCGUCCUGGGACUCCGGCGGGUCUGACGAAGCGCCACCCAAGCCCAGCAGGCCUGGCUACCCGAGCCCAAGGUCCAGUGAAGGCUUCUACCCGAGCCCGCAGCACGCGGUGCAGACCAACCAUUACCAGGUCUCCGGCUACCCUGGCUCGCACGGCGUCCCACCCAUGGCUGGUGGCAUGUACCCGGGGCAGGCGCCUCUGCUGGACCAGACAGACUCGUGGAACCACAGGCCGCCGGAGAUGCCGGUGUGGCAGCCAGGCGUGGAGGAGUCGGCCGCGCGGGAGCUGCGUGGGAUUGGGCAGGCGUUGCCGGCACACCUGAUGGAGGAGCGGCUGAUCCGGCAGCAGCAGGAGAUGGAGGAGGACCAGCGCUGGCUGGAGAAGGAGGAGAGGUUCCUGAAACCCGACGUGCGGCUCUCCCGAGGCAGCGUGGACCGGGAGGACGGCGGUCUCCAGGGCCCGGCUGGAAACCAGCACAUCUAUCAGCCUGUGGGAAAACCAGAUCCUGCAGCUCCUCCAAAAAAGCCACCGCGCCCCGGAGCCCCCGGCCACCUGGGCAGCCUCGCCAGCCUCAGCAGCCCCGGGGACAGCUACAACGAGGGCGUCAAGCCAUGGAGGCUUCAGCCCCAGGAAAUCAGCCCCCCGCCCACGGCCAACCUGGACCGCUCCAAUGACAGGGUGUACGAGAACGUGACAGGCCUGGUGAAGGCCGUGAUCGAGAUGUCCAGCAAGAUCCAGCCCGCCCCGCCCGAGGAGUACGUCCCCAUGGUGAAGGACGUCGGCCUGGCCCUGCGCACACUGCUGGCCACCGUGGACGAGACCAUUCCCAGCUUGCCGGCCAGCACUCACCGAGAGAUCGAGAUGGCGCAGAAGCUGCUGAACUCGGACCUGGGCGAGCUCAUCGGCAAGAUGAAGCUGGCCCAGCAGUACGUGCUGACCAGCCUGCAGCAGGAAUACAAGAAGCAGAUGCUCACCGCCGCCCACGCCUUGGCCGUGGACGCCAAGAACCUGCUGGACGUCAUUGACCAGGCGCGGCUGAAGAUGCUGAGUCAGACGAGACCCCACUGAGCCUGCCUGAGCCCAGCGCGCUGCCCCGUCUUCCCUCCGUGCCCACCAGCAGCCGGCGACGCCUGCCCGUCGCCGCACGACCGCGCCAACUCCCCGACUGACAGCCGGUUGAAACCCUCUCGUACAAGUCUGACCACGUUUUGAUUGGGGUUCAUUUUUUCUUCUGGUUUUGAAUCGGUGUUCAGAAAAGUCCAGGACCCCAAAUGGGGGGGUUUUCUGAUAACGAAAACUGUAUGUGCGAAGCUCGUAGGGUCACGAAAGGGUCUGUGCGCCCGGUGUCGGUGGACAUUGCUGGGGCUUGCGGGCGGCAGGCAGGACGACUGGAGGAGCCGGGGGCUCCUGCCCCCACCACGGAACCGCGUGCCGACCGGAGUCUGUGCCGCGCGGGGACCCAUUCGGCUCGAGGCUUGCCGACCGCGCCUGACAAAGGAGGAACACGGACGCUCUGCUCGGAGCCCCGAGUCACUUCAGAAGGAGGAGGGCAGCCCCUUGCCCUCCCUGCCUCCCCUUCCCGCGGGUUUGCGGGGCUCUGCUGGGGACUCCGCCCCUCCGCCCGGGCAGCGUGCCGGCUCCGUAGCGCGGUGCUCUCCAGGGCAGGGCUGCCCUCUGCCAGCGCGCUCCAGACUGCACUGAGAAGGGGCUCUGGACCCACCCCGUCUCCGUUUUUAUAUAAUUUAUACAGAAAGAUUAAAGCCAUGCUGACUAUUUUAUAGCCACUGGAGUUCACUAACCUUCAUCGCGUCUGUCUUCCCAGGAGAGGGUCCGCACACCGGAGGGCGGGCUUUCUCUGCCGCCAGCCAGCCGCCCGCCCGUCCCGGUGGGCACUUUGGAGAACAGCACCCUCCCUUUGGUCUGUUGGGGGAUAUAAGUUAUUCUCAGGAAGAAUAUAAUGAACUGUACAGUUACUUUGACCUAUUAAACAGGUGUUACCAGUAAA